UGCAGCCUCUCCAGCCCAGCAUUUGUGGCUACUACCUCAUGCAGUUCUCCUUCUACUGCUCCUUGGUCAUCAUGCUGCCUUUUGAAGUCAAACGGAUGGACUUUCGUGAGCAAAUUGUCCACCACGCAGCCACCCUCUUCCUCAUCAGCUUCUCAUACUGUGCCAAUUACAUCCGUAUUGGUUCGCUUGUCAUGAUUCUACACGAUAUUUCGGAUUGUCUCCUACAAUUUGCGAAGAUGUUUAACUAUCCGAAGUGGCAGAAGACUAGCGAUACACUCUUUAUCAUGUUCUCAGCAGCAUUCCUGUUCACUCGCCUGGUGAUUUUUCCUUACAAGAUUCUGUAUAACACACAUUACUAUUCCAUGGAGCUCUUCCAGCCUUUUUUCGGCUACUACUUCUUCAACGCCCUUCUGGUAGUCCUGCAGCUCCUCCACGUCUUCUGGUCCUACCUGAUCAUUCGCAUGGUUUAUAGGUUCCUGAUCUGUGGCACGAUGGAAAAGGAUGUGCGGAGUGACUCAGAGGGCAGCGAGGAUGAGGACGAGGAAGAGGCGGGCCAGAAGGCAGAGCAGAAAAACAGCACCGUCGAUCCCCAGCCUAACCGUCACCUGCCCUGGGUCACCAAGCGAGCACCCUUGCAGCUGAAUGGUGGGAGCUCCCCCUCCAGCUGUCACACCAAAGCCAGAUAGCCCAGCCAGCUGAGUCCCUGAUCACUGCUCCCUCCUGCCUUUCCCUGUAAUGGUAUGUGGGAAUGACCUUGGGAGAUGGGGGAGGGAGGGAGAUUCUGCCUAGGGAAUGACCAGAUAAGAGGAG